GCCCGCGGAGCGUCCACCUGGCGGGCUGCGCCGCCCCGGUGGUCGCCAUGGAGGGCUCCCCCGAGCCGCAGCUGGAUGCCAAGUCCAAGGUCACCAACCAGCUUGUGGAUUUUCAGUGGAAAUUGGGAAUGGCUGUGAGCUCCAACAAUUGCAGAUCGCUUAAGUAUCCUUACGUGGCAGUGAUGCUAAAAGUGGCUGAUCAGUCAGGGCAAGUAAAGAACAAGUCCUUUGAAAUGACAAUUCCACAGUUUCAGAAUUUCUACAAACAGUUCAAGGAAAUUGCUGCAGUUAUUGAAACUGUGUGAAACUGACUUGGCUGAUAGAUUACUCUCAUCCUUCCAAAAUCAUGGACUUCACUUUCUGUAACAAAAUUGCAUAAGAAUCAAAUUAUAUUUAUUGAAUAAAAAAUUACACUUUUGUUUUUCUAUUUUUUUAAUAAAAAAUCAGACAAGCAGGAA